AUGCAGGAGCCCCUGUUGGGAGCCGAGGGCCCGGGUUAUGACACCUUCUCCGAGAGGCCGCCCCCGGCGCCGGGGGACAGGGCGUGGGUCAGAAUCCAGCACAACAAAAGAGUGUUCCUGGCCACCUUCGCUGCAGUCCUGGGCAAUUUCAGCUUCGGAUACGCCUUGGUGUAUACCUCCCCUGUCAUUCCGGCUCUGGAACACACCUCAGACCCUGACUUGCGCCUGACUAAAGACCAAGCCUCCUGGUUCGGGUCUGUGUUCACCUUGGGUGCAGCGGCCGGUGGCUUCAGUGCCAUGCUGUUCAACGAUCUGCUGGGGAGGAAGCUGAGCAUCAUGUUCUCAGCCGUGCCCUCGGCAGCUGGUUAUGCGCUCAUGGCGGGCGCUCAUCGCUUCUGGAUGCUACUUCUGGGGAGAACACUGACGGGCUUCGCCGGGGGGCUCACAGCUGCCUGCAUCCCGGUCUAUGUGUCUGAGAUCUCAACCCCCAGAGUUCGCGGGGCCCUGGGGGCCACACCUCAGCUCAUGGCAGUGUUUGGGUCCCUGUCGCUGUAUGCUCUUGGCCUGCGGCUGCCGUGGCGCUGGCUGGCUGUGGCUGGCGAGGGGCCUGUGUUCAUCAUGAUCCUCCUACUCAGUUUCAUGCCCAACUCGCCACGCUUCCUGCUCUCACGGGGCAGGAAUGAGGAGGCCCUGAAGGCGCUGACCUGGCUGCGCGGGGCCCACACCGAUGUCCACUGGGAGUUUGAGCAGAUCCGUGACAAUAUCCAAAGACAGAGCAGCCGCAUAUCGUGGGCCGAGACCCGGGACCCUCACGUGUACCGACCCAUAGCCAUCGCCUUGCUGAUGCGCUUCCUGCAGCAGCUGACCGGCAUCACGCCCAUUCUAGUCUACCUGCAGUCUAUCUUCGCCAGCACUGCCGUCCUGCUGCCCCCCAAGGAUGACGCUGCCAUUGUCGGGGCGGUGAGACUCUUCUCUGUGCUCAUUGCUGCCCUCACCAUGGACCUGGCAGGCCGUAAAGUGCUGCUCUUCAUCUCAGCAUCCAUCAUGUUUGCUGCCAACCUGACCCUGGGACUGUAUGUCCACUUGAGCCCGAGGCCACUGGCCCCCAAUGGCACCAUGGACCUGGAGGGCGCACCCCUGGCCUCACCUACCAACUACCUCACCCUAGUACCUCUGCUGGCCACAAUGUUCUUCAUCAUGGGCUAUGCCAUGGGCUGGGGGCCCAUCACCUGGCUCCUCAUGUCGGAGAUCUUGCCCCUGCGGGCCCGUGGCAUGGCCUCAGGACUCUGCGUGCUGGUCAGCUGGCUCACAGCCUUUGCCCUCACCAAGUCCUUCCUGCCCGUGGUGCAUGCCUUCGGCCUGCAGAUGCCUUUCUUCUUCUUUGCCACCAUCUGCCUGGUGAACCUACUCUUCACUGGCUGCUGCGUGCCUGAGACCAAGGGCCGCUCGCUGGAGCAGAUUGAAUCCUUCUUCCGCACCGGGAGGAGGUCCUUCCUGCGCUAG